UUUAACGCUAUCUGGUGGGCGAAUAAUUGUUUUGAUCAGGCACGUUUGGGGCUCCACAUUCAGGGGUCCUCAUAUAGAAAAGUAUCAACCGCCGUCAUUUACAGUUUAAACUUAUGAAUAUUAAAACAAACACAUGAGUGGCAGUAUGCCUGCUGAACGCAAGAAGUCCGUCAACAUGGAGGAGCGAGAGACGGGCUCGUUCAGCAAGGACAGAGACGCAGAGCGACCGAGCGGCGCUUCCAGAGACAAAAACAAAGAGGAGAACAAGAUGAGCGGCAAGAAGGACGGAGGAAAGACGGCGGAGGACAAGAAGAGACGAGCUGAGGAGGAGAAGAGGAAGAAGGAGGAGAAAGAGAGGAAGAAGAAAGAGGAGGAGAAGCAGAGAGCUGAGGAGGAGCAGAGGAAGAAGGAGGAGGAGGAGAAGAAACGGCAGGAGGAGCAGGAGAAGAAACUGCUGGAGGAAGAAGCCAAACGGCAGAGAGAGGAGGAGGCUGCGCAGAUCAGAGAAAAGGAGGAAGCAGAUCAGCUCCAGCAGGAGGCCUGGGAGCGACACCAUGGCCGAAAAGACCUGCGAGUGAAGAACCAGCACGCUCAGGAGACCCGUCCAGAAGAGGCUUUCUUCAGCCGCCUGGACUCCAGCCUCAAGAAAAACACAGCUUUUGUCAAAAAGCUCCGUACGCUCACCGAGCAGCAGCGCGGCUCCUUAUCACAGGAUUUUGACUCGCUUAACCUCAGCAAAUACAUUGGAGAGGCCGUGAGCUCCAUGGUGGAGGCCAAGCUGAAGAUCUCUGAUGUGGGCUGCGCAGUUCAUCUCUGCUCGCUUUUCCACCAGAGAUACGCAGAUUUCGCACCACUUCUACUCGCCGCCUGGAAGAGACACUUUGAGGCACGUAAAGAGGAGAAGACGCCUAAUGUGAGCAAACUGCGCACCGACCUGCGCUUCAUCGCAGAGCUCACUAUUGUAGGGCUGUUCACGGAUAAAGAAGGCCUGUCGUUGAUCUACGAGCAGCUGAAAAAUAUAAUCGCUGCCGAUCGAGAGACCCACACUCACGUCUCCGUUAUUAUCAGCUUCUGCAAGCACUGCGGAGAUGAUAUCGCUGGGUUGGUGCCGCGCAAAGUUAAAAACGCAGCCGAGAAAUUCAGCCUGUCCUUCCCUCCCAGCCAGAUCAUCAAUGCGGAGAAACAGCAGCCCUUCCAGAACCUGCUGCGCGAGUAUUUCACCUCACUCACCAAACACCUGAAGAAAGACCACCGGGAGCUGCAGAACACCGAGAGGCAGAACAGACGUAUCCUGCACUCUAAAGGCGAGCUGAGCGAGGACAGACACAAGCAGUAUGAGGAGUUCGCCACACAGUACCAGAAGCUACUGGCCAACACUCAGACUCUGGCCGACCUGCUGGACGAGAACAUGCCGGAGCUGCCCCAGGACAAAACCGUACAGGAAGAGCACGGUCCGGGCAUCGACAUCUUCACACCAGGGAAACCAGGAGAGUAUGAUCUAGAAGGAGGAAUCUGGGAGGAUGAAGAUGCACGAAACUUCUACGAGAACAUGGUGGAUCUGAAAGCGUUUGUUCCUGCAAUCCUGUUCAAAGACAACGAGAAGAGCAGCCAGAGCAGCAAAGGUAGAAAACUGUUCAUUGAGGAAGACUAGCAUGUACUGAAAUACAGUUCACCCACAAAUGAACAAGUAAACAGCACAGAGGAGCUGGAGAUGGAGCUGGAGGCGCUGGACAUCACUGAUGAACCAAUGGAUCUGGAUGCAACCGAUGAAGUAGAGAGUGAAGAACUGGCCAAAAAACUGCUGGAUGAGCAAGAACAGGAGGAUGAGGCCAGCACCGGCUCUCAUCUGAAGCUCAUCGUGGACGCUUUCAUUCAGCAGCUGCCAAACUGCAUCAACAGAGACCUGAUUGACAAGGCUGCGAUGGACUUCUGCAUGAACAUGAACACCAAGUCAAACCGCAGGAAGUUGGUCCGUGCUCUGUUCACAGUGCCUAGACAGAGGUUGGAUCUGCUGCCGUUUUACGCCCGUCUGGUGGCCACUCUUCACCCAUGUAUGUCUGACGUGGCUGAAGACCUCUGCUCCAUGCUCAAAGGAGAUUUCAGAUUUCAUAUCAGAAAGAAGGACCAAAUCAACAUUGAGACCAAGAAUAAGACGGUGAGGUUCAUCGGAGAGUUGGCCAAGUUUAAGAUGUUCUCCAAAACAGACACGCUGCACUGUCUGAAGAUGCUGCUGUCUGAUUUCUCUCAUCAUCAUAUCGAGAUGGCCUGCACACUGCUGGAGACAUGUGGACGCUUCCUCUUCCGCUCUCCAGAGUCUCACCUGCGCACGAGUGUCCUUCUGGAGCAAAUGAUGCGCAAGAAACAGGCUCAGCAUCUGGAUGUGCGCUACGUGACCAUGGUGGAAAACGCUUAUUACUACUGCAACCCUCCGCCGAUGGAGAAGACGGUGCGCAGGAAGAGGCCGCCGCUGCAGGAGUACAUCCGAAAACUGCUCUAUAAA